AAGGGGCUGUUACUAUCCUCGUUUGAUCCCCGCUUGGGCUAAGUGGUCCUGAAGGUUGAUCUGGGUGUAGAGGAUUACGGGAUUCGUUGCCACUGGUUUACGAUUAAGAGACUGGGACGGCGUAGAAAAGGAGCUGUGGUUAGGAUUGUGUCAGGGUUUGUUUUGCGCAUGAUGGGUGGAGGUGUCUGUAAGGGGUUGAGAUGGAGAGUGCUGCGGACGAGCUAGGGCUGUAAUAGUAAUAGGAUGAAACCUUUUCGAUGUCUUUCCAGAAACAUGUGAUGUGUUCAUCUCUAUGUUUAUUUGUGUGAUACAGUGGAGAAGGAUUGCUCCCAGCGAGUACCAGCAUUGUUAUUCCAAUCUCUCUGUUAUCUGGCACCUGAGCGGAAUUCGAGCUCAGACUGCGCCCAAUUGAGUGGGUAUGCGAGAUCCGAUGAUUCUGUAAAUAGGUUUGUUUGUGGUUAUGGAGGAUCGCAGCUGAGAUUGGCAGAAAGCAGUUGAGGUAUCUAGACUAAUUGCGCAAUUGGAUACUUGCCCCAGUUCUCUAUUUCACAGUACCCGUUUUCCGAGCCAUGGUUACAAGUACAUUUCUUCUUCGAUUUGUGACUCUUGCCUUGGUUCUCACGACGAUUUGCGCUGAUGAGGGGAGGAGUGGUUUAAAAGAAGAGAAGGGCAUGUGUGAUAUGGUCCUGAAUGGAACCGGUUACCCUUGCACAGAGUACACUGUAGAGACCGCGGAUGGAUUCCUUUUAGGGUUGCAGAGAAUAUCGCAUGGAAUUGAAAAGUCACAUGGAGCGAAUAAGUACCCCGUGCUACUUCAGCAUGGAUUAUUUCAAGGAGGUGACGGUUGGGUCCUGAAUUUCCCUGGUCAGUCUCUGGGUUUCAUUCUCGCGGACGAAGGUUUCGACGUGUGGAUUGCAAAUGGACGUUGCACAAGAUGGAGUCAUGGACACAAGUCGUAUUCUAGGCACGACAGGGGUUACUGGGACUGGACUUGGGAUGAGCUUGCUCAGUAUGAUCUUCCCGCCAUGCUUGAAUUUAUAGUGACAACGACCGGGUCGAGGGUGUUCUACGUUGGACACUCUCAGGGGACAAUCCUGGGAUUAGCGUCAUUUACUCAACCAGCUGUAACGGAUAUGUUGGCAGCAGCAGCGUUACUAAGCCCCAUCUCGUACCUCGACCACAUCUCAUCGAAUUUCAUCAACAGUGCUGCACAUCACUACAUCGACAGGAUGGUGAAGACCAUGGGCUUGCGGGAGUUCAAUCUCAGGAGCGAGGUAGGGGUGAGACUCAUGGACUGGGUAUGUCAACGAGAGGACGUCGACUGUGGUGACCUCUUGGCAGCCAUCACGGGCCCCAACUGCUGCUUCAACGUCACCCGCAUCCCCUACUACCUGCAAUUCGAACCACACUCCACGUCUUUGAAGAACCUGGCUCACCUAGCGCAGAUGAUAAGGAGAGGGACAUUCUGUAAGUACGACUACGGCUUUGUCGGCAAUCUACAGCAUUACCUGAGCCUAACUCCACCAAAUUAUGAUCUCACCACCAUCCCGGGAUCUUUGCCUCUGUGGAUGGCAUCUGGAGGUAACGACGCUUUGGCUGAUCCUGUCGAUGUUGUACACACCAUUGAGCAGCUCCAGAGAAAACCAGAAAUUGUGGUUCUGCCUGAUUACGGUCACAUUGAUUUCAUUCUCAGUAUUCAAGCAAAGGUGGAUUUAUAUGACGGUAUAGUUGCCUUCUUCAGAGCUCAUGCAGAUCGUUGUAAAGCAGGCAUUUCCCAAGUCAUUUAAGUUCCUGAACUGGCUUCUAUCUACUAUUUAUUUAUGUACAUAACUUAAGAUUUCAGUAUCUGUAUAGACCUUACAUGAAGAGGCCAUUUGCUUGCAGUACUAAACCACCUAUUUCAGUAUGUUGCCGUGUACAAACGGUCUCUAGUUAGAUGUUUGAUUAUUAUUAUUAUUAUUUUUUGAGGCAUGAAUACCCACUUUGGUUAAUUUUAGGCAUUUUUCUGACAUUUCAGAUUGUAUAUAAAAUCUGGAUGAAGUUGGUAGACUGCGUUUAGUUGAACUUCUUGCUGAUUUUUUUAUGACAGUGUCCUUUAACGGCU